GGAGAACGGGCCCGUAACCAGUCUGUCCUGACUCAGGCCGACAGCAGGGCUGACCUGCCACAGAAGUUGCCCCCCAAACACUACUAGCCCAUCAUAAGCAGAAGAAUGGCGCGCGUCUUGGCGCUGGCUCUCACGGCGCUCGCUCUCCCGAGGGCCCGCGCUGUUGACUCGGCAGCGGAGACAGAAGUGGAGGAGAGGGCGUACCUGGACGUCACUGUCGGGGCCGUCAGCGCAGGUGCCCAGGCGGCGGAGGUCCAGGAGCUGAGCGCCCACGACCACAGGGCAUACCUGGACGUCACCGUUGGUGCCGUCAGCGCCGGGGCCCAAGCGGCGGAGGUUCAGGAGCUGAGCGCCCACGGCCACAGGGCGUACUUGGACGUCACCGUCGGGGCCCUCAGCGCCGUGGCCUCGGACCAGGCCCUGGAGGAGCUCUAUGAUGGGGCCCGCCCAAAGGGCGCUCGCAGGCGGGCGCGCGAGCGCGCGCUGGCGGCGCAGACUGCGGAGGACGUCGCCAAGACCGGGUGCGCGCAGCUCGGCGGCGACAGGUGGUUCGCGGAUGCGCACGGUGAGAUGUUCCAGGUGAAGCAGGACAGGUGCUCCAUCACAUUUCCGCUGAAGACCAGGAACGGUAAGGUCGAAAAGCGCGGCGUCGUCCGGGGCGCGAGUGUGCUUGUGGAGCCGCCCUUCCCCGAGGGCACGGUGGUGGGGGCAAGUGUCAAGUUCGAGAACGGCGCCCAGUGGGAGCGCAAGUGGUAAGCGCUUCGCCAGGUUUGGGAGCACUGCCUUCCGCCCAGGGCAAGCUUCAGGCUGCUCUGCUUCUGCUCGUGCUCGUCUUGCUUAGUCAUGACGCAUGACUUUCGGUCGGGUUGAGUCUGGACCUGAACACAAAAUGUAGAGUGGAGGACGAUGAGAAACUGCUCUUCCACCUCGUUAUCUUUCUUCUCAUUGUCCUCAUCAUUUGCAUCCGCCAUCACAGGUGGGUGUGUCCGAGCCGCUCUUAUGAAGUGAUUUGAACGUCGGAUGUUCUGUUCUCGAGCAUCCAGUCGGGAGCAGCAUUCGGUGGCAUAGUUCCGCGUUUCCUUGCCCAUCCCCCAUACUCUUCCGCAUGCG